AUGGGUAGCAGCGAGAUGGAUAAACCUGCUAAAGAGAAAGAGAAGGAGUCGAAGACAACACCUGCUAGUACGCAGGAGCAGUCUGCGACCACUAGUGCUGGCACUGUUAAUCCUGACUGGUCGGGAUUUCAGGCAUAUUCUCCUAUACCUCCACAUGGUUUUUUGGCAUCAAGUCCUCAAGCUCACCCAUAUAUGUGGGGUGUUCAGCAUAUUAUGCCUCCAUAUGGUACCCCUCCACAUCCGUAUGUUGCCAUGUAUCCCCAUAGUGGUUUAUAUGCUCAUCCAUCCAUGCCUCCGGGAUCUUAUCCUUUUAGCCCUUUUGCUAUGCCUUCUCCAAAUGGUAUUGUAGAAGCUUCUGGUAACACACCUGGAAGCAUGGAAGCAGAUGGUAAGCCCUCUGAGGUGAAGGAAAAAUUACCCAUAAAAAGAUCAAAAGGAAGCUUGGGCAGUUUAAAUAUGAUUACAGGGAAGAAUAACGAGCCUGGGAAGACAUCAGGAGCCUCUGCUAAUGGAGUUCACUCUAAAAGUGCUGAGAGUGCCAGUGAGGGUACAAGUGAAGGAAGUGAUGCAAAUUCUCAGAGUGACUCACAACUCAAGUCAGGGGGCAGGCAAGAUUCUUUGGAAGGUGAUGCAUCUCAGAAUGGCAGCUCUGCACAUGGUUCACAGAAUGGAGCACCAAAUACUCAUACUAUGUUGAAUCAAACAAUGGCCAUCAUGCCAAUAACGGCUCCUGGUGCUCCUGGUGCUGUUCCUGGUCCUGCAACCAACUUAAAUAUUGGGAUGGACUAUUGGGGUGCUCCACCUUCUUCUGGUGUGCCUGCAAUGCGUGGGAAGGUUCCCACUACUCCAGUAACAGGAGGAUUAGUUACUGCUGGGUCUCGGGAUAGUGUUCAGUCACAGCUUUGGUUACAAGAUGAGAGAGAGCUUAAAAGACAGCGAAGAAAGCAGUCAAAUAGGGAAUCAGCUCGUCGAUCUAGGUUGCGCAAGCAGGCGGAAUGUGAUGAGCUGGCCCAGCGUGCUGAAGCAUUGAAAGAAGAGAAUGCCACUCUUAGAUCAGAAGUUAGCCGGAUAAGGAGCGAGUAUGAGCAGCUGCUCUCAGAGAAUGCAUCUCUGAAGGAGAAGCUUGGAGAAAUUCCUGGGCACGAAGAUCCAAGGUCUGCCAGAAGUGAGCAAAAAUUGAGCAAUGACACUAAACAGAUUGCACAAACAGAAGUGCAUGGGGGCCAGUAG